CUCUCCCUCUCUCUGAGUCUGAUCCUGGCUCUCAUCUGGAACAGCGAGACCGGGCAGGGUUCCCUGUUUACAGUGCGUCCCCGUUGCGUGGAUGGGUGACCGGACCAGAACUUUUUGCGCAGACGUUUGUGCGCUCGACCCCUAUCCAGCUUCUCUCAGCAGGGGGGGGGGGAGGAGGCUUUUUUUUUUUUCCUUCUCCCGAGCGGAGUCUGAAAUGAGGCUUAGCAGGAGCACGGGCUGGAGGAAAACAAUCCCAUAACGCCGCUGACGGACCGAGCAGAGACCGCCGUGUGGGCCGGGCUCUUUCGGCAGCGCCUCCCCUCCUGUGUGUGUGUGUGCCUGUGCGUGUGUGACGGCGUUUCGCGUGCGUAGAGGCUCAGAGGGUUUCGCGAGGACUUCGAGCGGAUGUCUGGCGAUGGAACUGGAGCCGCAGGUCGCGGGAGCAGAGUGGAGCCUGUCCCCCAGGCUUAGAGCGGCGUGGAGCUCCCACCACCACCCCCCCGCACAGAGCCCCGAACCCCGGUGCUGACAGGCGGAGUGUCCCCCCCCCUCACCCCCUCCUAACCCCGCGAGGAUGCGACGCUUCGACAAGCUGAAGAAAUCGCUCCCCUUCCUCGCGCACUUCCACGCGUACAGAAAGCUGGGCAGUAGCAUGCAGUCGGACGAGGGGACAGAAUGGCUCCUGGAGCUCCUGAUGGAAGUGCAGCUGCAGCAGUACUUCCUGCGUAUCCGCGACGACCUCAACGUCACGCGACUCUCGCACUUCGACUACGUCAAGAACGAGGACCUGGAGAAGAUCGGGAUGGGGCGGCCCGGGCAGAGACGGCUGUGGGAGGCGGUCAAGAGGAGGAAGGCCCUGUGCAAGCGGAAGUCCUGGAUGAGCAAGGUGUUCAGCGGGAAGCGGCCGGAUGCGGACUUCCAGCCCCAGCCGGCCUCCACCUUCCGCAAGCCCUCCCCGACGCCGCCGCCCGCUGAGGGCCAGCAGCAGGCCCUCACCUGCCUCAUCAGCGAGAAGGACCUGGCGCUCUUCGAGAAGCUGGGGGAUGGCUCUUUCGGCGUGGUCAAGCGCGGCGAGUGGUUCACGCCCACAGGGAAAGUGCUGAACGUGGCCGUGAAGUGCCUGAAAACGGACGUGCUGAACCAGCCGGAUGCCCUGGACGACUUCAUCCGCGAGGUGAACGCCAUGCACUCCCUGGACCACCAGAACCUGAUCCGGCUCUACGGCGUCGUCCUCACGCACCCCAUGAAAAUGGUGACAGAGCUGGCCCCUCUGGGCUCCAUGCUGGACCGCCUGCGGAAGAAUCAGGGCCACUUCCUCAUCUCCACACUGUGCCAGUACGCCAUCCAGAUCGCCAACGGCAUGGCCUACCUGGAGUCCAAGCGCUUCAUCCACAGAGACCUUGCCGCCCGCAACAUCUUGCUGGCCUCCAACGAGCUGGUGAAGAUCGGGGACUUUGGCCUCAUGAGGGCGCUGCCCAAGAAUGACGACCACUACGUCAUGCAGGAGCACCGCAAGGUCCCCUUCGCCUGGUGCGCUCCGGAAAGUCUGAAGACACGCACAUUCUCCCACGCUACCGACACCUGGAUGUUCGGCGUGACCCUGUGGGAGAUGUGCACCUAUGGUCAAGAGCCCUGGCUGGGCCUCAAUGGCAGUCAGAUCCUUCAUAAGAUCGAUAAGGAGGGCGAGCGCCUGCCGAAGCCGGAGGACUGCCCCCAGGACAUCUACAAUGUCAUGCUGCAGUGCUGGGCGCAGAAGCCCGACGAUCGGCCCACUUUUGUGGCCCUGCGCGAGUUCCUGGUGGAGACCAUGCCCACAGACAUGAGGGCCCUGCAGGACUUUGACGAGCCAGACAAGCUGCAGAUCCAGAUGAACGAUGUCAUCACCAUCAUCGAGGGCAGGGCAGAGAACUACUGGUGGCGGGGCCAGAACAAGCGCACGCUGAAGGUGGGCCAGUUCCCCAGGAACACGGUGACGUCGGUGGCCGGCCUGUCGGCCCACGACAUCAGCCGGCCGCUGAAGAACAGCUUCAUCCACACGGGCCACGGCGACACCAACCCCCAGCGCUGCUGGGGCUUCCCGGACAAGAUUGACGACCUGUACCUGGGGAACCCCAUGGACCCUCCGGACAUCCUCGGACUGGACCUCAAGGCCCCCCGGCCCACCCAGCUCCCAGGACGCGCCAAAAAGGAGCCCCCUCCUCGCCCGCCUCAGCCGGCCGUGCUUGUCCAGAGUAAGUCUGGGUCUGGACGCUCUGUCCAGUUUAAACCCUGCUCCUGCCCCCUCUGUUCUCUACUCGCGCCACUCCUCAAAGAGCCGUGCUAUGAUCCAGUGACUGAGGACGAGGAUCUGAGUGCGUCGGGUCUCAAGAGGCUGUCACUGAAGAAACCAGGUGUGGUGAAAGGACUGAAGCUGAAGCCAGCAGCCUGGGUGUCGGCCACCAAGAUGGGGGAGCGGCCGGCCUACGGGAGCCGGAGCGCGGGCAGCACCCCCAGCGAGGUGUCCCUCAUUGAUUUCGGAGAGGAGUUCCCCUCCGCCACGCCCUCGCCCUCCCCUGUGGUGGAGGUGCAGAUCCCCACCUUGGCCAAACUUGCGCUGGAGGCGGAGUCCAUACUGGACAGGACCCCGCCCCAGAGCCCCACCCGGACCCUCCCCCGGCCCCUCCACCCGACCCCCGUGGUGGACUGGGACGCCCGGCCCCUGCCCCCGCCCCCGGCCUACGACGACGUGGCCCAAGAUGAGGACGACGUGGAGGUGAGCUCCAUAAACAGCGCGGAGCAGCAGGGGGCGGCGGAGAGGGGCGGGGCCGGCGCGUACGCCCCCGCAGGAAGAGAGGGGGAGGGGGCGGGGCAGGGGGAGGGCCCGAGGGAGGCGGGGAAGCCCCGCGUGGAGGACAACCUCUUCCUCCCCAGCCGGCAGGCCCAGAGCAGCAGCUUCUCGCAGUCGGCGGAGAUCUUCCAGGAGCUGCAGCAGGAGUGCAUGAGGAGGCUGAACGUGCCGGCGGGCUCCUCCCUGCCCACCUCCCCCAGCCCCACGGGCCUGGACUCUGCCCACCGGCAGAUCAUCCUCUCCUUCUCCGAGGACAAGCCCCAGAUCCCGCCCCGGAUCCCCAUCCCACCACGGCCAGCCAAGCGCAACGACUACGCCCGCCGCUCUGGCGACCUGUCCCCGGCCUCGGGCGGGGAGGGCGACGAUAAGGACCGCCCACCCCAGAUCCCGCCCCGUGACCCCCUCUCUCAGCCAACCUCCCGCACCCCUAGCCCCAUGGGCCUCCUCGUGGGCUCUCCCCAGCAGCGGGCCAGCCUGUGCUCCGGCGCCUCCCUGGGGUCCUACCUCUCCACCUCUCCCGGCAAGCUCAUGCCCACCACCCAGAGCUUCGCCUCCGACCCCAAGUAUGCCACCCCCAAAGUGAUCCAGGCGCAGGGCAAGGAGGCCGCCCGGGCCCCCUGUAUCCUGCCCAUCGUGCGGGACGGCAAGAAGGUCAGCAACACCCACUACUACCUCCUGCCCGAGCGGCCCUCCUACCUGGACAGGUAUGACCGCUUCUUCAAGGAGGCCGAGGGCCCCGACGACAAGCGGGCAGCCAACACGGCCACCGUGCGGCCCAUGAUGCAACAGCAGCAGCAGCAGCAGCACGGCGACCUUAAAGCUAACUUCUCCUCCAACAACAACAGCACCCUGGUUGCCAGGCCCGUGCCCCGGACCUCCUGCAGCCUGCCCAGGCUGAGCGGCGACAGUCAGGCGGCCAGGGCGGACGGGCUCAGCACUGCAGACCGGGUCAAGCUGGUGCAAGAGGCAGUCCAUGGCGUGACCAUAGAGGAGUGUCAGGCGGCCCUGCAGAACCACAGCUGGAAUGUGCAGAGGGCAGUGCACUAUCUGAAGGUGGAACAGCUGUUCUCUCUGGGGCUGAAAUCCAGGGCGGAAUGUCUCAAGAUUCUGGAGCUGUACGACUGGAACCUGGAGCUGGCCAGCACCCAGCUGCUGGACUCGUACGGCUCCGUCAGGCAAAGGCGUUGAUGGCCGCUGCUUGGAGGCUCCGUCCUCAGCUUUUGACUGACAAGAGAGCCUGGAGUCGGCUCCCGUUCCCACACACCCCGGACUGCUGCUCACUGUGGGAAAAGGUCCAGUCAGACCCCUCCUCGCGCGCCUGCCCCCAUCUUGCCCUCAGUAGUCUCCCACGGGGGCAGGUCAGUUUACCACAGGACCAGGCCUAACUGAUUGUAGGAUUGUCCAGUGGUUCCCAUAGGAUGUUUGUCUAAGGUUAACGCCCUGUCCGCUGUCUCCCAUGGUGCACUACUGCGUUUCAGCAGAGGUCAAAGUUCAGCCAGCCCAGUAUUGAGUCUGACAGGAACAGGUGGAUAUGAGGAUGCUGUUGUACCCCUCGUCAGCUCCCUGUUCUUUUUUACAGAGAUCUAUAUGAUAUAUAGAAGAGGAAUUUACAGAGAAAUAAAUAUAUAUAAGAAUAUUGUUUUUUGAGUUUAUAUAUUUGCAUCAAAUAUGUGUCUCUUGUCCUUAUUUGAAAUGUUUUAUGGUUUUGUAUGUUCUGCAGAGGCUAUGAUGAAAGUUGGAAUCUGCGCGAGGGAUGCAGUUUGGUUUUAUGUUGUUUCGGUUUUUCUCAUUUAUUUUAUAAAUCCAGUUUACAUAAGAAUAUGUCCCGUUUGUGGUUUCUUUAAAGCAGCACAACUAAGGUGACUUUGUGACAGAACCAAAGCAGUCAGCUACUCCAACACCCCUUUCACUCAUCCACGUGUCCUUUCUGUGUUUUCCUCUGUGCUUCCCUACAUCUUUCUCUGAGUUUUCUCAGGUUUUUCU